CGACUAUCGCUUCCAGUCUUUAGCCAGUUGCGCUUUGGCCAGACUCUCGAACGCACGUUGAAGUGAAAUUCGGUGAAAAUGAGAGGAAAAUUUGCUCUCCUUCUUCUGGCGACGAUCAUUGCAUUGUCUCAUCAGAUAUCAACACCUGAAUCAUCCCACUAUGUGGGCGGCGUUGUGGAGUUCACGCCUGAGAAUUAUCAGCAGCCGAGCGAACAGAGAAUUGAGGGAAACAUGGAGGCAUAUAUGCAGAUCAUAGCUUCUGAAGAGGCGCAAGAUGUGGACAUUCUGGUAUUUCCUGAAUCCACACUGAACACAAGGAGUUUUUCUACGUUUGUUCCUCAUCCGGAUGAUGAGAUUGCUCCGUGUGAGGAUGAAAACUACGAGUUCUUCCUGAGGAACAUUUCCUGCGCAGCCAGAACGCACAAGAAGUACAUUGUGAUCAACCUGACAGAAAAGCAUUUGUGCACUGAAGAAGAGCAGGAGGCUCUGAAUGAUGACAGACCGUGUGCAGAGGAUGGCUUGAGUUACUACAACACGAACGUCGUGAUGAACAGAAACGGCACUGUUGUGUCCAGAUACAGGAAGUUCCAUCCUUUCGGCGAGAGAGGCAUCAAUACCACACUUGUAUCAGAUAUCAGCACAUUCACAACAGAUUUCGGCGUGACUUUCGGCCACUUUAUCUGCUUUGAUAUUAUCUUUGAUGAACCUCCACUCAAGCUUCUUGAGGACGGUGUAAAGGACUUCCUCUUUCCCACGAUGUGGUUCUCAGAACUUCCCUAUCUCACUGCCGUGCAGGUGCAGUACAUGUGGGCUUGGAAGCACAACGUGAAUUUCUUGGGCGCUGGAGCCAAUAAUCCCGAAGUCGGAAGCACAGGAUCGGGAAUUUUUGCUGGAAGAAAAGGACCGCUGACUUACGUGAUGAGCAGCACACCAAUGAGGAGACUUUUGGUGGCAAAUGUACCCAAAGCGCACACUCUUGAGGGUCCUUACACUCACGAUCCCGUGGCGGUGAAGCAAACAGAAGAGCAGAUGUUGGAUUUACACCUCAAACGCGAUCACCUGGACAUUUACACCACAAAACUGGUGAACGUUAGCCAGGAAAAAGGAUCUGAGAAGCUCUGUUUCGAUACGCUUUGCUGUGACUUUGAUUAUGAGUUGACCUUCGAUGAUUCCUUGGUCACGGAUGAGAGCGAUUACUACAGAUAUCACUUGGCAGUCUUCGACGGAGUUCGCACGUACGAUAACGUUGCAACCGGAGGAGUUCUUACUUGUGGACUCUUCGCUUGUCCCUCAGACGAUUUGGAGAGCUGCGCCACGAGAUUCAAUGCCUCUGAUAACGUCGUUUCUCCAGUGACUUUCACUUCCAUCAAGAUUUCCGGUGCUUUCCCAUCGAAAUCUCACGUCCUGACGAUGCCAAAUGCGCUCGACAAUCUAAUCAAUCCGAUCAACUUCAAUGAAUUCCACUACGAAGAGGGCGAAGAGAGAACGGAAGAUGGCGAAACAUACAAAGAUAUCACACUGGAGCUCACAAUUCCGCGAAAUGAUCUUCGCACUUUCGGAAUCUACGGUCGAAACUUCCAGAAAGACGGUCAGGACGUGACGACGGGCGGCGCGAGUUCCUUGACACCGUUGGCCGUAAUUGCCUUCUUGGCCAGUGUUUUACUGUUCCUUCAGCAGAACAACAACUGAUAAUCUGAAGAGACAAUAAUAGUAUGUAUAUGUGUGAAGUCUCUCGGAGAAUAAAACACGUAUAAAUUGAUAAAUCAUAAAGUUUUAAUACCAACUAAACGUAAUGUCAGAAAAUAGUCAUGGGCAACAAUC